GUUAACUAACGCCGUCAGAAAAUCUGCAUUUCGGAUUUGGAUUCUUCUUUGCUUGAUUGAGUCUCCCUCCAUCUUCUCGAUACUCGGUUCUGGAGAAUCUCUCUGUUUCUGUACCCUUUCCAGCUUGUCUUGUUUGAUAUUGGAGAUACAUACACACCAAUGAAGAAGCUUUUCUUUUUCAAAUCGUCGUCAUCUGGUAAUGGAACUGAUAAACAAAUUCGCCGGGAAAAAGAAUCAGAAACUUGUCCAAAGGGUCUUUCUAUGAAGCCUCAGAGUGAAGAAUAUGGUGGUCAUGAAGCUCUUAGACGAAGCCGUUCUUUUUCUUCCGCAGCUUUUCUCCUUGAUGGAGCAACUUCCUCAAAUGAUCCAACUAAUGCUACUAGAAGCAACCAUCAUCGACUUCGAAAUCAUUCAUCUCGUUUCAGAUGUUUUACUCCGGAAAGACAAUGUAAAAAAGCAGAACAUAGUCACAUGUACAAAGUACAUGACUCAUCUGGAAGUUUGUCAACUUGUUCUAGUAAUGUCUCGAGCCAAGUCUUGGACCGUUACAUUGAUGGAGAAGAGCAUACAGAACGGAGUAAGCAUUCCCCGCAUAGUAAUCUCUCUGGGAGCGUCAAAGGAAGGAGGCUUCCACCGCGAGUUCAAAGCCCUUCACCACUGUCAUCAGAUACUACAACUGUCAAAGACAAACGACAACCUAAUGGUACUCGCCUGAAUUUCUCUUCCACUGAUUAUGCGGAAAAUGGUUUGAGGGAUGUAUCGCCUCGUUCACUUGCGAGAAGCGUCAUUAAAAGACUCUCUCAUGCUCACAAAAACUUAAAGCCGUUGAGUUACGAGUCGAUCAGAGUACAAGAUGUCUUAGGUGGAAACAAACUUGACUCAAGCUUGGAUGGUUUCGUCAAUCUUCCAUUGGCUGAACAUAAAGAAUCGGUGGAUGAAUAUGACAACGCAGAGCACCAGGAGUUGUUGAACAUGCAUGUGGGCACUAAGGAAAGUGAUGUUAGUUCCGAGCUAGAAAAGAAGUAUAGAGAAGCUGAGAAGAGAGUGAAGCUGCUUUCAGAAGAACUGGAGGAGCAGAAGUUCCUAUCAGAUUGUGACUUUGAUAUAUCAUCUUUGGUUGGGGAUAUUAGACAAAUGCAAGAAGAGAGGGUAGGCUUGGCUUUCGAGGUUUUAAGUCUCUUGAGAUCACAAAUGGAUGAGAGGGCCUCUGCUAGGGAAGAAAUCAAACGGGCAAAGGCUGAUAUGGAGUUACAUAUACAGAGACUAGAAAAAGAGAAGAGCGAGUUACAGUUUGGACUGGAGAAGGAGCUUGAUAGAAGGUCAACUGAGUGGACUUCAAAGCUAGAGAGUUUCCAGAUGGAGGAGAAGAGGCUGAGAGAGCGUGUCAGAGAUCUUGCCGAGCAUAACGUCUCACUCCAGAGAGAAGUAUCGACUUUCCAUGAAAAGGAAACCGAACGCAUCGAUAUGAUAAGACGUAUGGACGAGACAGUAACGGAGUUGAGUGCAACAUCAGAGGAGUUGCGUGAAGAAAACGUGUAUCUUAUGCAAAACCUUUCCAAGGUACAAGAUAGUUACACUGGUACUACAGAAGAUCUUGAUUGCUUAAAAAGAAACUUUGAAGAGAAGGACAUGGAAUGCAGGGAGUUACACAAGUCUGUCACAAGAUUUCUAAGAACCUGCAGAGAACAAGAGAGGACAAUUCAGGGGCUUAGAGAUGGUUUCUCAGAGGAAGUUAAGAAGCAACCGUCAGAGAAACGUGAACAGAUAGAACAAAUAAGAUUGGCAGGGGUUGAGCUUUCACUUAGAAAGGAGGUGGAAUCAAUGAAGCUCGAAGUUGAGUCUCUACGUCGUGAUAAUAUUUGUCUGCUGAAUCGAGUAAAAGGAAAUGGAGAAGAAGUGGAGAUUACGACCAUCAAGCUGGACAAUGAGUUGAAGAUGCGUGUAUGCCUAUUGCAAGACCAAGGGCUCAUAAUGUUAAACGAGAGCACGCAGCUAUGUUAUAAGUUUCUGAAGUUCAUCGAAGAGAAACUAGCUCACUUCCCUGAGUCUUAUCAAUCAUUGAGUAAUGGAUUGAGUGAGCAGUUUCUGAUAGAAUCUGAGAUGAGAGUUCAUGGAAUGCGCCGUGGAACUGAAAGCCUGAAGAGGAGUUUGCAGACUGUCACCAGCUUACUGCUUGAGAAAUCCAAUGAGAUGACAUCAAAUUCAGAAUCAUCUUCCUCAGCCGCUGCUAGGCCUAGCGAGCCAAACAACCAAUCAGUGGAGAAAUUCCUGAGAGCUGAACUGAGAGCAGAGAGUCUAGUCACGAGUUUAUUAAGAGAAAAACUGUAUUCCAAGGAAGAAGAAAUCGAACAGCUGCAAGCAGAAGUAGCAGCAGGAGUACGGGGCAACGAAGUUCUACAAUGUGAAAUCCAAAACGUCUUAGACAACCUUUCAGUAAAUACCCACCAAUUAAAAGACCUCAAGCUGCAGAUGAUGAAGAAGGACGAGAACAUAAACCGGCUUGAAACCAAUCUUGAGGAAGCUGGUAAAGACUUGGCUAACAUGAAAGCUAACUUACCAAAAGUGUUGGAGGAAAGAGAAGAGAUGUGGAUGGAUGUGAAGGAAUGCAGAAAGAGAAACAUGGAAUUGGAAUCAGAGAAGCAGAUGUUGAAGAACAAGGUAGAGAAACUGGAAGAGGACACACUCAUUAAGGAAGGUCAGAUCACAAUACUAAAAGACACGCUUGGAAGCAAGCAUUUCGAUCUCCUCUCUAGUCCUGACUUCUCAUAUAAUGAUUUCUUAGUCCAAUAGACAAAUAACAAUAAAUGUAUAGGCGUCUGUUUCUCGUGCUUUUGUCUCUAUCUUUUUUCUUUCUUUAGAGCGUAUAGGUUGAUAUGUUUUGGUUCUUUUUUUAAGUCUCUUUUUAGAUUGUUUUUCUCAUAAGUUUCACCCUUUGUGAACGAUAGAAAUAAAAGAAAC